CAUUAUUAGACAAUAUCCAUAUUUUUCAUAGAGCUAACUAGUGAGCUUUAAGAAACAAUAAUAUUGGAAUAAACAAUAUUAUUGAAGAUAUGGCUUUGAGGAAGAAUCAACAACUUUUGUCUAAGAUUGCAACCAAUGAUCGUCAUGGUGAGAAUUCUCCUUACUUUGAUGGGUGGAAGGCAUAUGAUAAAAACCCAUAUCACCGUAUUGAUAAUCGUGAAGGAGUCAUCCAGAUGGGUCUCGCAGAAAAUCAGCUUUGCUUUGAUUUGAUUCAAAAGUGGAUUAGGAGAAAUCCUAAAGCUUCCAUUUGCACCGCCGAAGGAGUUCACGAAUUCAAGAAUAUUGCUAUCUUCCAGGACUAUCAUGGCUUCAAGGAGUUUAGACAAGCUGUAGCAAAUUUUAUGGGUAAAGCAAGAGGUGGUAGGGUCACAUUUGAUCCAGACCGCAUAGUCAUGAGUGGUGGAGCUACUGGAGCAAACGAGACAGUUAUGUUUUGCCUGGCCAAUCCUGGCGAUGCUUUCCUUGUACCCUCACCAUGUUAUCCAGCAUUUGACCGUGACUGUGGGUGGCGAACAGGGGUGCAGCUAAUUCCUGUCAACUGUGAUAGCUCGAACAAUUUUCUUAUCACAAAAGCAGCAUUGGAAGCAGCAUACGAAAGAGCCCAACAAGACAAUAUCAAUGUGAAGGGCUUGAUCCUAGCAAACCCGUCAAACCCUUUGGGCACGGUUUUAGACAGAGACACAUUGAGAAGCCUAGUGAGCUUCAUCAAUGAAAAGAAAAUCCAUUUAGUCAGUGACGAAAUAUAUGCAGCCAGUGUGUUCAGCACUCCAAGUUUCGUUAGCGUUUCCGAAAUUAUAGAGGAAGUGGAAUGUGACCGUGAUCUCAUUCACAUUGUUUAUAGUUUGUCCAAAGAUAUGGGACUCCCUGGCUUUAGGGUCGGCAUAGUUUACUCUUACAAUGAUGCAGUCGUGAAUUGUGGGCGCAAAAUGUCAAGCUUUGGAUUAGUUUCCUCACAAACUCAACAUCUACUGGCUUCAAUGCUUUCAGACGAUGAGUUUGUCGACAACUUUCUCAAAGAGAACUCGGAAAGGCUAGCCAAGAGGCACAGCUUGUUCACCAAGGGACUUGAAAAAGUGGGAAUUACUUGUUUGAAAAGCAAUGCUGGGCUUUUUGUUUGGAUGGAUUUGCGUAGGCUUCUAAAAGAACAAACACUCGAGUCUGAAAUGACGCUUUGGCGAGUAAUCAUCAAUGAGGUGAAGCUCAAUGUUUCACCAGGAUCUUCGUUUCAUUGCUCCGAGCCAGGUUGGUUUAGGGUUUGCUUUGCAAAUAUGGAUGAUGUCACAGUUGAAGUUGCACUCGAAAGGAUCCGAGUAUUUGUAGAAAAGCAGCAAGUGAAAAGUAAACGUAAAUUCCAAAGCAAUCUUACGCUCAGCUUCACAUCUCGAAGAUACGAUGAGAGUGUUAUGUCACCACACAUGAUGUCUCCUCGCUCACCGCUUGUUCGAGCAAGGACUUAGAUGACAAAUAUUUUAAUUUGUCUGAAAAGCAGGGGCGGCGGCCAGGGUCCCCCUCGCAUGGACCACUCUUACCUGAAUUCUUCCCAAUUGUUAGGAAACUUUAAUUUAAAUGACUUGUUAACAGGUGUCUGUCACCAGUUAAUGAACC